CAGCAGCAGCAGCUACAGCAGAGGCAGCGGCAACAGCCUGGGUUGCGGCGGCGGCGGUGGCAGCAGCGGCAGCGCUGACACAUCCCACCAUGGACAGCUUCGACUUAGCCCUGCUUCAGGAAUGGGACUUAGAGUCUCUAUGUGUCUAUGAACCAGACAGAAAUGUGUUACGGAGGAAAGAACGGGAAAGGAGAAAUCAGGAAACUCAGCAGGAUGAUGGCACAUUUAGUACAAGUUACUCCCUCUUCAGUGAACCUUACAAGACUAACAAGGGGGAUGAGCUCUCAAAUCGGAUCCAGAAUACUUUAGGCAGUUAUGAUGAAAUGAAAGACUUCUUGACUGACCGGUCCAAUCAGAGCCACCUUGUUGGAGUUCCCAAACCUGGGGUUCCACAGACCCCUAUGAACAAAAUAGAUGAGCAUUUCAUUGCUGACUCACGACCGCAGCCCCAGCCUCCUAUCUGCAGCACCUCAUCUUCCACACCAGCAGCUGUACCCGUGCAGCAGAGCAAGAGGGUCACUAUGGGCUGGCAGAAAGUUGGGCAUCCCACAUCUGAUGGCCAGCAAAGGGCAAGCAAGCAUGGGCCUCCAAGGACCAUGCUUGGAGACAGUGUCAGCAGGCAGCAGUCACGGUCCAAACAAAGCUGCAGUGUGGAAAUGGGUCUACAACCCCAAGAAAGGACAUCUACCAUGUCCGCCAAACACAACAGUGGUGGGCACUGUGUUCAGAACUUCCCUCCUUCUCUUGCUUCAAAACCAAGUCUAAUCCAGCAGAAACCAACUGCUUAUGUUCGGCCAAUGGAUGGCCAAGACCAGGCUCCUGAUGAAUCUCCUAAACUCAAGUCUUCAACAGAAACUAAUGUACACUGUACAUCCUACAGAGGAGUACCUGUCAAUAAAGCAGAAUCAUCCAGGACCAAGUCCAAGCUAGCAAAAUUUAACAUUCCCAAACAGGGAGAGGACAGUGGAUCAGGCGAUAACAGCUGUGUUGAAGAAAUAUUGCGGGAGAUGACCCAUUCCUGGCCUCCACCUCUUUCUGCUAUCCACACUCCUGGUAAAGUAGAAGCAAGCAAGUUUUCAUUUCCAAAUAAGGACUCUCAGCAUGUAUCUACUGGACACAACAAUCCAAAGAAAGGUGAUGCUGAGCCAAAGAGCCCGGACAAUGGUACAUCAAAUACAUCAAUGCUAGAAGAUGACCUUAAGUUAAGUAGUGACGAAGAAGAGAAUGAGCAGCAGGCCGCACAGAGAUCUGCUCUCCGCGUUCUGUCUGACAGCUCGGUGGUGCAGCAGCAGGCCAAUAGCAGACCCUCGGGCCCCUCCAGCAAGGGGUCGAGCAGCGGCAGCUCCAGCAGCAGCAGCAGCAGCUCCAGCGAUUCGGAGAGCAGCUCGGGUUCUGACUCAGAGAGUGAAAGCAGCUCCAGUGGGAGUGAAGGCAGCAAGCCUUCUCACUACUCCAGCCCCGAGCCUGAACAAGCUUCUUCCAACAAGUGGCAGCUGGAUAAAUGGCUCAACAAAGUGAAUCCCCAUAAGCCUCCACUCCUGAACCAAAAUGAGAGCCACGGGUCAGAGGGCAACCAGUACUACAACCGGGGAAAGGACGAAGGCCAGGAGUGCGGGAAAUUGACCACCCUGGGCCAGACAGGCCUCAGAGAGAAAGACAUCAAGGGCGCCUGCAAGGAGGAGCAGAGGCCUAGGACUGCUAAUAAGGCCCCUGGGACUAAAGGGGUGAAGCAGAAGUCUCCUCCCGCCACCGUGCCUGCGCCCCCUGCGGCCGUGGCUGUCCCCACAGCACCCCCUGUCGUCCCCGCCACUGUCCCCGCUGCUCUUAGCACAGGCCCCGCUGGGGGCGCCCCUGCCGCUGCCGAAAUCGCAGGCCCGCCGCCCCCUCCCCGGAGGACUGCCUGCAAGAAGCCCCCGAGGAGGACGACGACAACGACGACGACGACGAUAACAGAGAGGGCCUCAGCGGGAGAAAGUGCCAACUGCCACCGGCCCCCGGCCGAGGAGCUGGCGGCUAGCGAGGCGCUCCUGGAGAGCCCCGCCCCCGAACCCCCCAAGACCAGGCCGUGCGGCGGUGGUGGCGCCAGGACGGGCCACCGCAAAGAACUGCGCUCUUGCUCCUCCUCCUCGGCAGCGGCGGCAGCGGCGGCGGCAGCAGCAGCGGCUGCUGCAGCCUGCGAGAAGCGCCGCACGCGGGGCCUGAGCAAGACGGCCCCAAAGUCGAAAGAAUUCAUCGAAACCGAGUCGUCGUCGUCCUCCUCUUCCUCCUCGUCUUCAUCCGACUCCGAGCCAGAAUCGGAGUCCGAGGACUAUCCAGGCCCCAAACCUCCGACUGUGGGCCCGGCCCCCUCAUCAUCAACUUCCUCCUCCUCUUCUUCCUCCUCCUCCUCCUCCUCCUCUGGGGGUGACCAGCGGCUCCGGGAAGGCGGCCUAGGGAACGGCGGCGGCAGCAACAGCAGCAACAGCAACAGUGGCAGCAAUGCCAACAAGACUGUGGGCUCCAUCAACGCCAGAACCUCUAGUGACGCUGCCAAGGAGCUCGAGGAGCAGUUCUAUACCCUGGUCCCCUUCGGCAGGAACGAGCUGCUCUCCCCGCUCAAGGACAGCGACGAGGUGAAGGCCCUCUGGGUCAAAAUCGACUUGGCCCUUUUAUCCAGGAUCCCAGAGCCCUCACCACCGCAGGACCCCACUGCCCUGACCGCCCCCGGGGCCAAAGAAGCAGAUCCAGGCCUGCAGAAUCACGCCCCGGACCUGCAGCCCUCAGAGAAGGGUUUGCCGAAAUCUAAGCGGAAACGCAAGUGUGAAAAUGAGGAGGAGUUUAGGGAUAUCAAGAAGACUCAGGGAGAGAAAGAGUGUUCCUCACGACUGACUGCUUCCACCAACAGUGCUUCAUCAACAAGCCAUUGCCACUUGAACACCAAUAGCUUGGCAAUACCAAUAAAUAAAAAUGAGAAAAUGCUUCGGUCACCCAUUUCACCCCUCUCAGAUGUGUCAAAACACAAAUACUCCAAUGAUGAUUUAACUUCUUCCAGUAGACCUAAUGGCAGCGGUCUGUUCACUUCCAUCUCCUCCAGCAAAAAGCAUAAGAUGGAGAAUCAGUUGCAGCCCCAUUCUGGAGACCUUGCUAAAACAGUACAUAACAGCUCCGAAAACAUUCUCUUCUAUAAUAAGCCACGGCCCCAGACGGAACCAUGGUCACCAUUAUCCAAUGGACACAGAGACUGCAGAAGACAAAAGCUCAUCUUUGAUGAUAUGCCACGCAGUGCAGAUUAUUUUAUGCAAGAAGCUAAACGGAUGAAACAUAAAGCAGAUGCAAUGGUGGAAAAAUUUGGGAAAGCUUUGAAUUAUGCCGAAGCAGCCCUAUCAUUUAUCGAAUGUGGAAAUGCAAUGGAGCAAGGUCCAAUGGAAUCUAAAUCUCCCUAUACUAUGUACUCAGAAACAGUUGAACUCAUCAGGUAUGCUAUGAGACUAAAAACCCACUCAGGCCCAAAUGCCACUCCAGAAGAUAAACAAUUAGCUGCAUUAUGUUACCGCUGUCUGGCUCUCCUGUAUUGGCGGAUGUUUCGACUCAAAAGGGACCAUGCUGUAAAGUAUUCAAAAGCACUUAUUGACUAUUUCAAGAAUUCAUCUAAAGCUGCCCAGGCCCCAUCUCCUUGGGGUGCCAGUGGAAAGAGCACAGGAACUCCAUCUCCCAUGUCUCCCAGCCCUUCUCCAGUCAGCUCAGUGGGUUCUCAGGGGAGUCUCUCAAGCACUAGCACCCCUUCCCCAUCAUCCAUAAUUAGCAUUCCACAUCGGAUCCAUCAGAUGGCAGCCAACCAUGUCAGCAUCACCAACAGCAUUCUACACAGCUAUGACUACUGGGAGAUGGCUGACAACCUCGCCAAGGAAAACAGAGAGUUCUUCAAUGAUCUGGAUUUGCUGAUGGGACCUGUGACACUGCAUAGCAGUAUGGAACACCUAGUUCAGUACUCCCAGCAAGGACUGCAUUGGCUCCGAAAUAGUGUUCACUCAUCGUAGUGAUUGCGUGCCAUUUAGCCGGACUGUGUAAUAAUCUCCCAUGGACUGUUCAAUUAUUCUGGACACUGUGCUACCGAAAUUCUCAGUCACAGCAUUUAUCCAAAUGAAGGUGAAUAUUUCUUCAGCAUUGAACAAUGAUAUUUUU